AAAAUAGCGUCAAGAAAAUUGCAAAAACUUAAACCAAGUAAAGAGAAAUAUUUAUAAAAUGUCUGCACCCGAUAAGGAAAAGGAGAAAGAGAAGGAGGAGAACACCAACAAGGGCGAGGACUUGGGUCUGCUCGAGGAAGACGACGAGUUCGAAGAGUUUCCCGCUGAAGAUUUCCGUGUCGGCGACGACGAGGAAGAGCUCAAUGUGUGGGAGGACAACUGGGACGAUGACAACGUGGAGGAUGACUUCAGCCAGCAGCUGAAGGCGCAUCUGGAGAGCAAGAAAAUGGAAACAUAAUCCAGCCAAGCCAAGCCAACCCCAUUUCCCCCCCGUUCGUACCUAACCAUCAAAACGAGCAAACGAUCAGUUAAAAAUCUAGAAUAAAAUCAAUAUAUUAAGUGGA